AUGGAUGGAAAUGGAGACUUAGCCAAGCAGGGCGAGGCUCAUGCUACCUGUUUUCCCAGCUACACAGUGAAGACGGACAUGGAGAAGGAUAUGGCUAGAGUCCAGUAUCUGGCAUUAGAUGUGACUGGUGCACUCAGUCUUUCCACCUUUGUUCUGCACAGAGGGACAGCCACCAACUUGUCUCCAUCAGCAAUUUUACAGCUUUUGGAUCUUUUCAUUCAGUGGGAUUGGUCAACCUACCUUGCUGACUAUGGACAGCCCAACUGCAAAUACCUGCGGGUAAACCCAGUGACAGCUCUGACCUUGCUUGAGAAGAUGAAGGAUACUAGCCGCAAGAACAACAUGUUUGCACAGUUUCGGAAAAAUGAGCGAGACAAGCAGAAACUGAUUGACACUGUGGCCAAGCAGCUCCGAGGACUCAUCAGCAGCCACCACUCAUGAAGGCUGGCCCUAGGUCCACAGAAGCUGCCUGCUGCAGUCCCCUAGUCUGGGGUUGCCCCUGGUUUACCAUGCAUUUGUGCAUUCUUCUUCAAAGAGAGCAUAUGUAUUUUUUUAUUAACCCUGUACAGUAUUCACAUAACAUUUCCUAUAGUGAAAGAGGCACAAGAAUAAGCAAGUACAUGAGAUGUUGUUAGGCUGGGACUCAGGGGAAGUUAUCACUACACUAUCUGUAUUAUCCUAGGGAUGGUGGUGUCAUCAGUUACAGUGUGAUGAACUGCCUUUCACCCAUGGCUCUAAAACCCAGGGCUGGGGCUCAGGAACUCUGGGUGCUUGACACUGGGAGAUAGGGUAAGUAAGCAAAAGGAUAAGAAGUUAUAUCCUGUUCACUCUAGGGUACCCCAUUCACCGCAUAGAGGAGCCUGGUUCUUUGAUAUGAGGAGGGCCUGGAAGACAUGACUAUUUAGUUCCAGAAGUGUCUCUCCUCAGUCCACUGAUUUUCACUGGCUGGUGAACAGUCAUGGCAUGUGGCAAAAUAACGGCUCCACUCCAAUCCCCCAAGGAUGGCAGUUUCUUUACCUAGAUCCGACCCAAAACUGUUACUACUAAAUUUUCCGGAGCAGGAUAGAGCUAAGUAGGCAGUGGUCAUAAUUGGACCCUGUGACUAACUGCAGGUUGCGCCUACACUAGGAGUGUUGAGUCUCAGCCCAAGGAGUUUUUCUGGAUUUUUAAAGCCAGUUUGAACGGAAUCAGAGGCCCAGUCCCUUCCCCAUUCAUCUCAUUUUCUUUUUCCAUAGCCAGAGCACUUGGCUCAUGGCAUAGGUUAACAGUUGUUUCCAUAGAUCCUCGCAGAGUCUCAGACUUGGCCUCCUCCAGAAAUGUUAUUGAGAUGGGUCAGAUCUCAGAAGCUGAAAGGGUCCUUACUAACUGGUAAAACCUGAAGAUUUCUUGGGAUUGUUAAAUUGUGUUUUAAAAUCAGUUUUCUUGCCAUCAUCUUUAAAGAAAAUGUCACCAGCUCUGCGCUAUGGGGGCAACCACACACUUUUGCGAUUACUUUUCACUCUAGGCAUAAAGCCACUGUCACCAUGAAGUAGACAGAGCCAACCAUGACUUGUGGCUUAUUGUCUCUAACCCAACUGUCCUUCACUAAAUCAUAUCCUUGAUAUGAAGCUCUUCUUGCUCAAGCCCAAGGCUUCCCUCCUCUUUUGAAAUUUUAAAGCCAUCUUUUGGCCUCAUCUGAGAGAGAAUGCCUAUCAUCCUAUCCCCCAAACUCUGGAGCUUGAAGCAGCUUAGCUUGGAGGCUGCAUCCAUUGUCCCAGGUGGGCUCCUAAGCCUUAAUGCAAGGGCUUUGCAAUGAGGUCAGUCAAAGGAAACUGCACCUUAAGUCUCUUGAGGAAGAUGCUACUAUGGCUACUGGCAAGGUAAUAAUUGUGCAUCACAAAACAAUGACAAAUAAGCCACACAGGCAUUUCCAGCUUGGAUUAGUGGGAGGAGAGACUCAUCAAACAGAAUUCUCUACUACCUUUAUCAGCUGCUGAGUUGCUUCAGGGGAGGGUAGUCCUUCCCUUUCUGUUCCCCACCUUUGCCCUCCCCAUAUCCUACCACAUCUUAAAAACCAUAGGGAAGAGAAUGCACACACAGACAUACAACCUCAAAGCUGGAGAGACCCAGCCACAUGUGAGCUCUGCAGAAGCCUGCUGAGGCUCAUCCUGAGGGCUGGGCAGUUGGCCAGGGUUUUAGGAUGAGGGCCGGGGUAAGCCCUGUCACCGAUCAUUGGAUAAGCCAAGGGAAGGUGGGGGCCAAGACAGCAUCUCCAAGCCUUGGUGUUU